AUGCUGCUGUUCAGCCGAUUUUUCAAGAAAGAUGGAAACGAGCCGACGGUGCACCAUGUGAAGCUCCCGAGCGCUCCGAGUUCCAUGUAUUUCGACAAAGAGAGAGGCCGCUGGCGCGAGAGAGGUAAGGAACAUCUGGAAGAGGAGGAGUCAUCACUGCCACCCCCGCCUUCAAUGGGCUUCAAGCCUGCCACAAAGACCGAGAAUGCACAAGAAACGUCACCCUUGGCUUGUCUGAUUGCUCCCCCGAACAUCUACGGCGACCGCUUCGCCCGCAAGCACACAGCGGCAACAGUGCCAGCGUUGCUGGCAGCGGGAACGGAAGGAAAGGACGAGACUGCCUGGUCGGUGAGCGAGGAUUCUUCCGCAGCUAAGUCUCUGGAAGUGUUUAAGGAUUUUGCCGAGUUCGAACUUCUUCUUGAGCAGGCAAACACUCGUGCAGAUGCAGCAGAGCAAAAGGAGAGAGCCGCAGCCGCCAUUGCAGAAGCACACGCCCGUGCCCGUGCAGUAGAGCAGAAGGCCGAAGCUGCCAUUGCAGAAGCAAACGCUCGGGCUGCUGCAGCGGAGGAGAAAUCAACAGCUUUGGUUUGUCACGCAAAUGCCCAUUUUAAGGCGCUGGAGGAACAGUUGGCACAGGCUUUGGGUAAGCUUCAUGCAACACCAUUGCCCGGCACAAUGGCGGAAAGCGAAGUAGUGGCAGUCAUUGGGGAGAGUGCGGCCGAAGAAGCUGCCCAAGAGGAGUCUCCUGAGGAGCUCACAGGCGGGUGUGCAGACGUCCAAUGCAACGGAAUCCAUCGGCUAAUAAAUCUCCUGGACAAACACAGCUCUAAUCCGGAAGUCUGCUCUCAGGCGUGCAGAGCCUUAGAGAGCUUGAUUCUCAAAGACGCGGGCCCUGAGGCCAAGGUGGCCGACCUGGGUGGCGUGGAGCUCAUCCUCCAUGUGCUGGAGACGCACCCGCACGAAGCAACUUACUUGCUACUGCCAGUCCUGGAAACGCUCCGCAGCCUCACUUUUCAUGAGAAGUCCGUGGAUCGUGCUACAGCUGCCAAUGGUGCCUCGCGGGUCUUGGCAUUCUUAGCCAAGAAUUUGUGCGCUCCAGAGCUGUUAGGGGGAGCAUGUGCUGUGCUCUUGAAGCUUUCAGUCAUCGACAAAAAUCGGCACCAGAUAGCGCACUGCGGUGGUGCGGCAGUCUUGGCACGAGCGAUCAGGGAACAUCGAUCCCGCGAACAGGUGGUCGAGCCUUGCUGUCAGAUCUUGAAUAUGCUGGCCUGCCAUCAGGAGCUCAGGCCUUUGGUGCUGGCUGCCGAUGGCAACCUGUCUGCGGCUGCAGUCGCAUGCUCCGCUUAA